UUCAUCAACUUUGCACACCACACUUACUCCCUUUAACCAAUUCACUAGUAAAGAAAAAUUUUAUUCUUCAAUGGCUACAUUUUCUUCUUUCAAAGCAUCCAUCACUUUGGCAAUGUUACUUGUCUUGGUAACAACCUCCUCAGCUCAACUCUCCACUGAUUUUUACUCAAAAUCUUGCCCUAAUCUCUUCGAGACGGUGAGGUCUGCCGUCCAUUCCGCCAUCCAAAAGGAGGCCCGGAUGGGCGCCUCACUCCUCCGCCUUUUCUUCCACGACUGCUUCGUGAAUGGAUGCGAUGGAUCAAUUCUCCUCGACGACACCUCCUCCAUGAGAGGAGAGAAAGGCGCUACUCCGAAUCGGAACUCAGCUCGAGGUUUCGACGUUGUUGACGACAUCAAGUCCGCCGUGGAGAAGGCAUGCCCCGGCGUUGUCUCCUGCGCUGAUAUCUUGGCCGUCACUGCUCGCGACUCUGUUUCUAUCUUAGGAGGGCCUAGUUGGAACGUGAAACUCGGAAGACGCGACGCCAAGACAACUAGCCUUUCUGCUGCAAACAACGGCAUUCCUCAGCCGACGACAAAUCUCAAUGCCUUGAUCUCUAGGUUUAACGCGCUCGGCCUCUCCUCCAAGGACUUGGUUGCUCUCUCCGGUUCUCACACGAUUGGACAGGCGAGAUGCACGAGCUUCAGGGCUCGUGUCUACAACGAGUCAAGCAUCGACACGUCAUUUGCUAGGACAAGGCAGGGCAACUGCCCCAGAACUAAAGGCUCAGGCGACAACAAUCUGGCGCCAUUAGAUGUUCAGAGCCCCACCAGCUUCGACAACAACUACUUCAAGAACCUCGUCAACCGCCGUGGCCUUCUCCACUCCGACCAGCAGCUUUUCAGCGGCGGGUCCACGGAUUCCACGGUCAAGGCCUACAGCAACAGCCCCGGCUCUUUCACCUCCGACUUCGCGGCAGCCAUGAUCAGGAUGGGCGACAUUAGUCCCCUCACCGGGUCGAAUGGGGAGAUCAGGAAGAAUUGCAGGAGGAAGAACUGAUUCGUGUCGGUUUGGAUUCCUCUGUUUCGAAUCUGGUCGGGUGUCGUUUGUGAUCGGGUUUCGAAGGGAAUAAUUAGAUAAGCGUGUUUUUAAAAAAAAAUAGAGGAUCUCUUGUGUUGGACUUGUGAUAGUGGUGUUUAUGUUUGGAUUUAUGUUGUCAAGGAUGUUUUAUGUUUUGCAGUAUUUUGUUUGAAAGUAGUUCCAACUCCAUUCUGUUUUGAGGUGUUGUAAUGCUUUGAAAUGUUGUCUUUAAUGGAGUAAGAAAAAACUUAUCAAUUUGA